UCUCCUUCCGUCACUAAAAACUCGUAGACAGAGGACAUUUAUAUCUCUCUCUCUAUAGCCUCUCCCUGUACAAAGAGACUUCGGUUUUUGGUUUUCUUAUUCUCUCUUCGCCCCUCUCUCUCUCUGGUCCCGCGAAUUCAAGCAUUCGAAGCCAUAGAAGCUGAACUCUCUUAAACCGGGUAUUGUCUCUGACGUGGGUUUGGCUUUUUUCGAGCUAUUCUUGAGAGAUGGUGAUAUCAUGUGUGGAAACGGAUCUGGGUUUCGGGAUGGACUCUGGUCAGCUGGAUCAUAAGGGCAAAUGUUUAGAAGAAUUGUCUUCUGAGCAGUUACUUCCCUCAGAUUCUUGUGAUAUAAGUGACAUAUUUGGAGAUCCACAGGUGUUCCCUCGAGUUGGUAAUGAGUAUCAGGUUGAAAUUCCGCCCAUGCUAACAGAAUCCGAGCAGUUUCAGCUUCAAAGGAACCCAGCUGAUACUGGAUUUAUUUUUGACAUUUCUCAUUGUUUUCUGAUGGGAUUACCCAUUCCAGUUACGUGGGUUGAUGAUAAAAUAAAUAACCAUGACAAUGAAAGAAUUGGAGUUAAUCGAAAAUCUGUCGAUUCAGUUAAUGCAAAUGAGUCACUGGGAUCUAAAAAGGUCAAAAAGAGCCAACUUGUGUCAAAUAAGAAGGGUUUGAAAUCCAAAACAUUAGAUGUUUCAGUGGACAAUGGUAAAAAAUUAAAGUCAGUAAGCUCUGAAUCUGCAAUGGCAGGAAUAUGUAGAAGCAAAAGAUCCUGUUUGGUUCCUGGCUUGCUUGGUGACUCAUCUUGGACUGACGUUGAAGUCAAUAGUUUUCUCCUUGCAAUAUAUAUGUUUGAGAAGAAUCUCUUCCAGGUGAAGAGAUUCAUGGAAAGCAAAGAGAUGGGUGAAAUCCUAUCCUUUUACUAUGGGAAGUUUUAUGGGACCAAUGAACAUCGAAGAUAUUCAGAUUGGCGGAGGAUGUUGAAAAGCAAGAAGUGCAAGAUUGGACAGAAUUUUUUUACAGGAUGGAGGCAACAGGAACUGUUAUCUCGUUUGCUUCCCCAUGUCCCUGGGGAAGCAAAAUGUACUUUGGUGGAGGUCUCUAAUGCAUUUGCAGAGGGAAGAUCUUCUCUUGAAGAAUACGUUCACAGCUUAAAGACUGCUACUGGUGUUCCCAUCCUCAUAGAAGCUGUAGGAAUUGGGAAGGGGAAGGAAGAUCUAACCAACCUUUCCACAGAGCCCACAAAGAACAAUCAAGUGUUUCCUGUCCAGGUUGAAAUACCAGUUGGGAAAGCAUGCUCAUCCCUUACGCCUGUUGAAAUAAUCAGGUUUCUAACUGGAGAUUUUCGGUUAAGCAAAGCUCGAUCAAACGAUAUUUUCUGGGAAGCCGUUUGGCCUCGUCUGCUAGCGAGGGGUUGGCACUCUGAGCAACCAAAGAGUGGUAGUUAUGUUUCCAAACAUCAGCUGGUUUUUCUUGUGCCUGGUGUCAAGAAGUUCUCAAAAAAAAAACUUGUAAAAGGAGACCACUACUUUGAUUCUGUUAGUGAUGUUUUGAGCAGAGUUGCAUCGGAACCAAAACUUAUCGAGCUUGAGGCUGAAGAACCUAGUGUCGUCAGCAACAGCAAGGAAGCACAUGAAAGAGAUCCCGAACCAGAACCCACAUUGAACCACAGUGAUCCAGCUGAUCAUCAACAGCAUUGUUACCUUAAACCCCGAGUUUCAACAUUUAGCCCAACUCUUGCGAAGUUUACUAUUGUGGAUACAAGUUUGGUCUAUUUAACAAAAUCACGCAAGGUGACAGAAGUGAGAAGUUUACCUGCUGAUAUUCAAAAAACUUCUACCUUGAGUAUUUAUUUGACAGAAACAGAUAGUGAAUCCUCUGGGGAUUCAGCGGAUGAGCCAGAGUCUUCUGAUAUGUUAUUGAAGGAUCAGAAGAAAAUUAAAUCUUACAAUCAUGCUAAGGGUAUGGCUGAUAAUAGCAAUUCAAACCAAAGGAUGCCAAUCAAUUGCUCAGAUGUUGCAAAAAAAUUGGUGGAAAACUACCAGGAUCAACAGACUGGUUUAUCAAAUGAGCAGUCAAGGAUCAUCAAGAACCAAUUCAGCCAGACAGUGGGACCUGGCUGUUCAAGUCUUUUGCUCCCUGUCAUGAAACAGCGGACAUUGGCUUCUUGUGUGAAGGAUGACGCUAGCUGCAGCUUGGCAAAGUUUAUGGUGGGCUUUGGAGUAAAAGAAGUGGAUCCUAAUUUUAUGUCAAGUUCACCAAAUGUUUCCCAAGUUGGUCGUUUUCAUGCGAAGGUAUUAUCGAGUAAAUCUUCAGCAGAAGGAAGUUCAAAAAAGGAGAGCAGUGAAGGUGUUCUUCAUGAGAAUAGUUAUGUUAUGAAAAUAUCUGACUUGAAAAGUGAGAAACCUCAGUCACGGCCUGUGAUUGACCUAAACAUAACCCAGGUCCCAUCAGAUGCUGAAAAUGAUGAAUCCCAUAUGAUGGAGGUUGAUGACAGCUUGCAAAACCCUAAUGCACAUGUGUUAGGCUCUUCCUUUGACAACCAUGAGCUCAUGGACGAACCUGCAGUUUUGAGUAAUUCCAUUGAUGUCAAUGCUGCAGAAGAGGCACCAAUUGUGAAUCCCAUUAGGCAAAGCACAAGAAACCGGCCAUUAACACCGAAAGUAGUGGAAGCUAUUGCAAAUGGGAUGCUAAGCACAAAACGGAAGCGAAGAAAGCAAGACAACCUAGUAUCAAGGCCUUCUUCCCGUAGAGAUCACAUCAGAAACACUGAAACUUCAAAUUCUGGCAGCACUAGCAUUGGUACAUUGGAUGAUAAGGAAGGAAAUGGGGUGGAUGGGAUUUGGAAUGGCAACAAAAAUGAGGUUAGCUAUUCUCUUGUUGAAACUGAAAGAAAAGCAGUUCAAGAGCUUAUGGACAUCUCUAAAGCUGCCUAUCAUCCUAGAGUUCCGAAUUUGAAUGAUGAUUUAUCUAGUUAGGUGCUGAUUCACCUAUCUUUGACUUAGUGAUUUAGUUCUGAAAUCCCUGUGACGCCAUCCAGUUCUCAAUUACUGUGCAUAAGCAUAACAUCACAGUAUCGACAUCCAUUUUGGAAGAAACAUAGUUACAGGGGUUUAUGUAAGAGCUGCUGAGGCACUGAUCUCCAAUCCCAACUGAGCUUCUUAAGGCUGUGUGAAGUGGUUAUGUUCUGAUAAAACUUUAUGCAACAUAAAGUAACAGUAUUUGAAUAAUCAACCUAUGAUGAUGAAGAUGGUUCUCUGUUAGAAGCUUUUUGGACUUGGACUUGUAUGGAAAGAGACUGAUCUGCAUAGAUAAGGAGUUUUUGCUGAAGAAAUUUUUAUUUGAGCUGAACCUCUACCCUAGCUAUGUUUGAAGCAUUUGAGGCUAGGGCUUUGACUACUUAUCCCCACAGAGCCUUCUAAUCCAUCUACACUGUGUAUUGAACUAGAGGAUUUCCGCUGCUGAUUUGUCUUGGUCUGGAAUCUUCCAAAAUUCAGCCAAUGAAAGAGACUAAUUUAGUGCAGAUGCAAGUGCUACCCUUUUCAGCUGGACUCAGUCCUUGGUUCAAGAAUCAGUGUGUGCGCAUCAAAUCGGCACUCUCCUUAGAACAAUCAUCAUCUACCAUGGAAUAUUUAACACAGCCAAUGAAAGAGCCUAAUUUAGUGCAGAUGCAGGUACUACCCUUUUCAGCUGGAAUCUGUCCUUGGUUCAAGAAUCAGUGUGUGCGCAUCAAAUCGGCACUCUCCUUAGAACAAUCAUCAUCUACCAUGGAAUAUUUAACAGAAGGUACUUGAAGUUUUGAGUCUUUUAGCAGCAACAUGUAUGUGUAUUAAUGUAUAUAUAAUAUGCACCAGUGUGGUAUUAUUGAUGAGGAAGGUGAAAACAAGUUUCCUACAGAGAAAAACAAAGGAAAACAUAGAGAGAAAUAAAGAAAGAGUGCAGGGGUGUUUUCUCCCUUGGCAAUUAUGCUUCACUUAUUUCAAGGAAGCUUUUUAUAGUAUUUUUUUCUGCUAAAAUGUCUGCUUGUAGCAUAUCGUGAC